CUCAGAGUUGCAUCAUGCUGCUCUUAAAGGUAGACGCCUGAGUCGUUGCGCAACCGGGAGCGGUCGGAAUAGCGAAACCUGAGGGGGUAUACGGCAGCCGGGGGAGGGGCAACAGUGGGAGCCCUCCCCGGGGACACACUCCAAGACCUAUAUACAGGUCUGUUGCAGCGGACAGUUCCUGGCAGAGUAUCGGCAGAAUUCUCUAUAUCCACCAUACAGUCCAGACACAUAUUCCCAAAUGAACGAGUCUCUGUCCACAUCAGAGGGCUUGAGUGAUGCCCAGCCGGGCAGCCCAGCAAACCCACAGCUUGUGCCACUUAACCCCGGUGGAGGAGGCAAAGCCGCCCCUCCUAGCAAGAACAGCAAGAAGGGGCAGCGUAUGGACCGUAGUAGUGACGAGUACCGCAUGCGCAGGGAACGAAACAACAUGGCAGUGAAAAAAAGCAGAUUAAAGAGCAAGCAGAAAGCUCAAGACACCUUACAAAGGGUCAACCAGCUCAAAGAGGAAAAUGAGAGACUAGAAGCUAAAAUCAAGCUGCUUACUAAAGAACUGAGUGUUCUGAAAGACCUGUUCUUAGAGCACGCUCACAAUUUGGCAGACAAUGUGCAGCCUGAGGCCGCCGCGCCAGGGCCGGAGAGUGCAGCGCCAUAACCAGUGGCAGGGCGUAGCAGAAGACGCAAAGAACUUUUGCGGAUGCAAAGCCUAGUGUUCUCUAUGCUAGCUCUCCAGUGCACGUUUGGUUCUGGACCCAAUUAAUUUAUGCAGAAAUCUUAUUUUUGUUGGUAUAUUUUGGCCCCUGGCCCUCGACUCUUCAAGCACACAAGCUUCACCUUGAGUAUCGAUGAGAAAAAAGGAAAUGCAGCAAAUAAGACUUUCUCUUAGUUCAAGUAAAGCAAUAAUAUUUAUAUCUGUUGUUGUUUAAGGUUGAACCGUGUCCUAAUGUUUAUUUUGUUAUGCAGUGCUACAUGAAAAUGAAUUCCCUGCACAAGCAGGUAUACAAUUGGUCUGGCAUGGUGCCGCCAGUCAAUGCUUGGGGUUUGAUUGGCAGUAUCUAGUGAUACUGCUACCAUUGUGAAGUUUCCUGCCAUACUGUAGAUACAAUACCGGGCUUACUGUAUGCACACUGAGUACACAGGAGCCUGGGAAUUAAAACGUAUUUCAUGUUGGGUUUGGGCAUUUGUAUGGGUAGGUUCUAUAUUUCAGUUGUGUCUAUAGCUAUUGUUAGACCCUAUGACUUGGUGUGGAUCUGGACUCACUAUAUUGCAACCCACAGGCACAUCUGCUGUAUCAACGAAUGUGACACGUCAGGGGAAAACUAAACACAAGUGUCAAUUUGAGGACAUAUUUUACAUCAGUUUUUCUUUAUUUUUUUUAAAUACCUAGUUGAAAACGGGAGGUGACUGUGUGUGUGUGAGUUAAUCAAUCUAAAGACAAGUGAAGACCUCUGUGCCUUAUUCUAACUUAAUAUAAUGAGAUUCUGGUUGGCUGCUAGUGAGUGUUCAUGUGACAGAUUUGUGUGAUAAGUACUUUAGUUUAAUCAAGUUCACAGAUGCACAUGAGCUCACGGACGUGACCGAUCGCCCCAAUGACAGUACCCAGCUCUUGCUUUUACAGACCUCAUUAACCCAUUGAUUGGUAAAGUAGGCUGCAUUCCUUUGUUGGAGCCAAAGGGUUAAAUAGUGAUCUGACCUAAACCACCAGUUAUCAAACUUUUCAUCUGGAGCUUUGUCAAAUCUGUGCCAUACAUGCCCAUGGGUCAUUAGCCUCCAUAGAACUGACAUGGGCCACAAUUAGCAGGAGCCAUCCAUGUCCUCAGUUUGGGAUAAGCUGUUGUGGGUAGCUGGGGACAUUUAGUCUGCUCACCAGCCUGGAUUAUUAUGUGCUUAAACUGACGGUAUAUUUCAGUGCUGCGUAGAGGGCAACAAGAAAAGGUAUAAGGUUUAUAUAACAAUGUGUGCUUAAUGUAUACUGUGAUAUAUACUGAGGUUUAUGAUCACCUAGACCAACCUGUCUUGCUAUUUGCCAGCAAGUCACUGACAUCCAGUACAUGAGGGGUAUGUAAACGGCCGUGCAAAAUACCAAACUGGAGAGAACAUGGGAAUUUAUAGGAUUCUCACUAAAGCUCACUCAUAUCUCUAGUCUUAGUGAAUGGUUCCCUCUGAGAGUAGCACUAGAUGGAGGGAGGCUCAGAUACGGAAUAGCAUAAUGUGCAAGGUUGUGCUAUGCGCUAAUCCUGGCGGAGCACGACUAUAUUCUGUACAGGCCGCAGUGAGACGUAUGCUGGGAUCAGCCGCCUUAGUAAUGAGCUUGAAACGGCGUUGACCAACCUAAUAUGUUACAGAUGAACUUCACCAAAAUGUAAUUUCAAUCAUUUCAUAGGUUCCCAUUUUUUAGCUUUUUUAUUGAGAAUGUUAAGAAAAUUGUUGUGUUUGAGGUAUGAAAUUACUGUACAGUGAAUGAAAAGCUGGUUAAAUCAG